CAGAAUAGUUGUAGUUUUUUGCGUUUACUGCUGAUGGAGCUAGCGGUGUUGUGGCGGAUGGUACUACAUGAUGAGUCUGGUCCGCAAACGCAAGUCCAGCUCUCUCAAAGGCGGCCCUGCCAAGUCUAUUAGGACAGGGCAACUACAGUCUACUAGAACACCAGCAUCCCACAAUGCAUCAUCACCACUCACAACAGAGGCCAGUGCCAUCGUUACCAUUUCCAAGGAGGAGAGAGGCCUGGAGAUCCAUGGGACAUCGUCGCCAUGGAGACGGUCUCCCAGGUUCAAGAGUCAUGGCCUGAUUGGCCAGGUUCCCAGCCCAGACCUUCUUGUUGCUGAUGGAUCUCCAGGUCAGGUAGAGAAUGAAGAGGAGGCUGUCCAAUGCAGCCCUGUACAGUGCCCCCCUCAGAUAGAAGAGGAUACAGACACAGACCUGGUCAUCACUAUGGAUGCCAGGCAGGGCGGGGGACACAAGGGCAACAGAGGGAAGAAGGGACGAGUAAAGAGGAAGAGCGCUGCGGACGGAGAGGUGGGGGACGGACAGCAGGAAGGGGCCGGUCCAGAGGUGGAGAUUGACAGGGAGCUGGACCGUGAACUAGAGAACAAGUCCAGACAACACAACUUGACCACGGCCAACGUCCGCAACAUCAUUCAUGAAGUGAUCACCAAUGAGCAUGUGGUGGCCAUGAUGAAAGCAGCAAUCAAUGAGACAGAGGCCGUGCCUGCCUUUGAACCCAAGAUGACACGUUCCAAAUUCAAGGAAGUGGUAGAAAAAGGAGUGGUAAUUCCCACUUGGAACAUCUCACCCAUUAAAAAGGUCAAUAAAGAGAAGUCUCAACAGUUUGUAGACAUUCAACUAGAGGAGGAAGACUCCUCUGAUGAAGAGUACUGCCCCGACGAAGAGGAGGAGGACGAGACAGUGGAAGAUACAUUUCAGGAGAGUGACAUGGAGAGCACGGCCUCGUCUCCUAGGGGAACCAGAGGAGGCUUCCACAGGGGAAUACACACACAGUGGGACGACGACCGGAGCUGCAGCCCCAUGCAGGUCCAUCGCAGCAGGUCCAGACACUUGAGGGCGGAGGUGGUCCCCAUGGGCCCUCCCCCUCCACCCCAGCCUUCCUCCUCUGGCCCCCAGGGUUCAUCUACCACCAGGGCCCCUCCAGAGUUCAGCUUCCUGGAGAAGCUCCAUGCCGUGGAGGAGGAGCUGGCCAUAGGUCCCAUCUGCCUGGAGCCCUACCAGCCACCCAUGGCGGACGGUCUGAUGGCAUGUCGUACUCGCUCCAAGAGACCCCUCCGGGACGUCCCCAUGGGCCAGCUGGAGGCAGAGCUCCGCGCCCCCGACAUCACGCCUGAUAUGUACGGGUGUGGCUCCGCCCCCGAGGACCGCGAGUGGACCCACUGGCUUCAGGGCAUCAUGACAUCUGACAUGUACAACGAUGAGGAAGGCGAUGAUGAUGACGACCCUGAGUAUAACUUCCUGGCGGAGAUCGACGAACCCGACGUGGAGGAUUACCGCAACGACCGAGCCGUCCGCAUCACCAAAAAGGAAGUGAACCAGUUGAUGGAAGAGUUGUUUGAGACUUUCCAGGAUGAGCUCACUGUUCAGGAGCAAGACGAGGAAGGACACGAGGAAGAGGAGGAGAGGGAGGAAGAGGCACCUGCCCUAGGGACGCCCACCUUCAACACACUGACAGAUAUCCCGUUGGGGGACCCCAUGGCGGAGGUGACGGCAGGGAGCUACCGUACGGUGAAGGAGCAGCUGGCCGCCAUCCGGCGUCGCCGGGCCCUGCUGGAGAGCCAGGGCCUGUUGGCCCCCAGGAGCCUCGUCACCAAGCCCCGGGAGCCCCCACCUCCCUUCACCCCCACCCUCUCCCACCGCCAGAGACUCCAGCUGCAGCAGCAAGUCCAGCAGCACGUCCAGCUCCUGACCCAGGUCCACAUGUUGACCAGCCCGGUGGCUGCACUGCAGAGUGAAGCUGCCACCACCAAGCAGUUCCUGAUGGAGUUACAGAUGUUUGCCCAGCGUGGGGAGUUGACCCAGGGCCAAGUGGAGCCAGGCUUCACCAGUGUGUUCAGAGCCUGUAACCUACAGGGGGCACUGUCACUACUAGAGGAGCUCUCACUGUCCCCAAUCCCUUACCAAGAAGCCCCUAACGAGCCACGAACAUGCAGGAGAGUCCGGAAGUAUCCGUCGAUGCCCCCCCAGCUGGCAUGGCUGUUUGCCACGCGGCCGGUGUUCCUGUACCCUGAGCUACUGCCCCACGUCAGCCUGGACCCAGCCCUGCAUUCCGCCUGCUCCGUCAGCAUGUUCACCGCAGGAGAGGACUGCCUGAUCGUCCUGGGCCUGAGGAACCUGGGGGCGACCCUCCAGCCCAAGGAGCUGCUGUGUCACUACCUGCUCCGCGCCAAGAAGGUCUCUCAGCUCCGUGACCACAUUGUGAUGAAGUGUAAACCCACCCAUCCCAACAACGUCAUCAAGGCCUACCGGCUCCAGAAGGUGGUCCAGCCCAUGCCAGUAGCCUGUGACCAAGUGAUGCCGGGUGACCUGCGCCCGCCAGUGGACAGAGAGGAGAGAGCCAUGCCCGGAUGGCUGAAGGGAAGUUUGCCUUAUAUCUACGAGGCGAUCGAAGACCUCAACAGCUUGCCGGAUACAGAAGCCAUGUCGGCCUGUCAAUCAAAGAAAGCCCCACUCAUCACGCUUCUCUUCAGUUCCUCCAGAACCUUGGACUACAGCUUCCCAGCCGCGACUCGCUACCCGCCCCAACUCCCCGACAACCUUUCAUUCCAGCGCUGUGGCUUCAGGCGCUGGCACCGUCCACCAGCCUGUGACCUCUCACUGUCCCUGGCCGUAUCGCACAGCGCCACCCACAGUCUAGAAAGUGGAACUACACACUCAGAAAAUAAUUCCCAGACUGGUGCUGUGAUUCAGCAGUGCAUGGCCCACCACAAACUGCAACCCAUCCAGCCUGCAACAUCCAAACCUCCUCUUCUUCAGCAUCCCACCAAACCUCAUCUGAAACAACCCCUCAGGCCUCAACCCAAACUUUCCCAGAAGCCCCUGCAGGUCAUUCUCAAUUUGCCUGCCCCAGUGGCUGUCCUUUGUCCCGCCCCUUCCGCCAGGGUAUUGGCCUCCCGGUUGUCACAUUCUGCUCUAUUGGCCAAAGACCUGGUUGCUCGGAAGUUCAGCACAUUCGCCAACCUCCGCAGGCUGCCCAGGCUGCUGCCAGCUCUUCCACCUAACAAGAAGAACCCUCCGCAAACAAACCUGAAUACCGUGACCCUUAACAGUGAUGCAAACCUCCUUUUGUUUUCCCAUAUGAAUAGUAGAACAACCUCAACUAGUACCGAAACCCAAACCUCUGUCUCUACUACGAUUCCUAUCGAACAAUUCAAGGACAAAUCCUCCAGGACCAGCCGGCGGGUGACGAAGAAACCCAAAAGCAGCCUGAAGAGUGAGGGGCAGCCCCAGCCUUCAGCCUCCCGGGAACCCCCUGCACUGGACCAGGCUCUGACCCUAGACGACUAUGUCACAGUUGUAAUGGAGGAAGAGGAGGUGGUGAAGGGAGAGGGGGGAGAUAAGGAGAGGGAAGAGAAAGAGGACUGUGGCAGGGAGGAUGGGGAUGAUUUUGGAAUUCCCCUCCUGGCCCUGUCGGAGUCCUCGGCCAGUCCCCCGGGGAGCGUUGACUCCAUUGACCCCAUGGAGGAGUCAGAGGAGGGGCAGGAGAUAACGCUGACCCUAUCGCCCAGGCCGUCGGGUAUGGGGGACGGAGGGAGAGAGGAUGACGAGGCAAGGGGAGUCAGAGAUCAGGAGGUAGAGGAAGUGAUGUCACCAGCCUCCGAGGAGUCCACGUUGUCCGUGCCAGAGCUGGAAGAGACGAUGGAGAAACUGUCAGGGGGGAGGUCAGAGGACUCGGAAGAAGGCGAACGAUCAUGCACACUCUCAGGCUGCCGUAGUAGCACCCCCAACCCUCCCAGCUCAAAGCACGAGCAGCAUCACACUGGAGAAGUUGGCAGUGAGGGGAAGUCCAAAAGCCCAACAAUCCUCUACGACGAUGACGACGUACUCGACAGCGACCCCCUGAGGGACAAGAAGGAAAUAGCCUUCGCUCAGAAUUAUCUCAACAGGGUGUGCCAUGCCCUGCAGGAGGUGCCGGGGCGCGUGGAGGAGUUUCUGGAGGUACUCAAUGAGUUUGAGCAGGAUGGAGAUAAGCACACCUCUGUGGAUCUCUUCACGAGGCUAAAGCCUGUUCUGAAUGAGUGGCCGGAGCUGCUCCGAGACUUUGCUGCCUUCCUCCAUCCCGAACAAGCCCAGGAGUGUGGACUGCUCGCAGAACAGCAGGCAUUUGAGCGUAGCCGGCGCUUCCUGCGACAACUGGAGCUGAGCUUUGGGGAAACCUCCUCGCACUACUGCAAGAUAGUGAGCGUCCUUCAAAGAGGCCCUACUCUCAGUCCUGCUGGCAUCAAGGAGAUGAAAGCUCAGAUGGCUACCCUUCUCCGAGGUCACACCCACCUACAGGGGGAAUUCUGGGGGUUUUUCAACGAGCUCCACGUACGGCCCUCGCUGCGGUGUCAGACUGAGAACAGAGGCUGUGGUGAUGUGACCAACACAAACUCCAUUUCCCGGAAGUCAGCAGCAAAUAAACCUAAGAGAUGCCAAGGUCCUAAAACCCCAAAAGCCAAACAAGAAAGGGAGGAUGAAGUGGACGAGGAGAAAGAAGGGGAUCGCUCCAACCGCCCAGUCUGUGCCAAAAACAUCUCGCUUACACCCAGUGGAGAGAAAGUCAUCCUCUGGACCAGGGAGGCGGACCGUGCCAUCUUGACCGCCUGCCAACAGAAGGGAGCUAAUAAAAGCACUUUUCAGGCCAUCUCCACCCAACUAGAAAACAAAACAGCCAAUGAGGUGGGAGUACCAAACCCAGUUCCAUUUCUACCCCUUACCACUUCCCAUAGCCCCACAAUGGGGCUGAAAGAACAGGAUAGCAAUGUGAAGGAAACUGCUAGUUUGGGUAGAACCAUCACCAUGUUACUACCUAUUUAGAUCUGUGAAGGGCCACAGAAGGGCCAACAGCUAGACCAAUGGGUACUAAAAUGGAACUGGGUCUGUGUGUGAUUUAAGAUGAUUCCUUUGGCCAUUUUACCCUUCUAUCCCUUCACUGUAACCUUCCUAAACAUGUCUCCUCUAGGUUUGCGCCCGUUUCCAGGACCUCAUGCGCCUGUUCCGUUUCUCCACCCAACGGGUCUGCUCCGAUGAGAUUAGUGACACAGAGCAGCCAACCAGCAGCAGAGAGCCAGAACCGGACUGAACUGGACCCAACACCAGGGAUGUGUUCAGCGGGGCACAAUGUGGAACGUUCAAAUGGACAUAUACUGAGCGUGGCCCAGGGGAAGAGUUCUGUUAUAACAGUCAGCUGGACUGACCUGAGAGCAGUCCAAGCUACAGAAAAGGAGGAGCACUUGAUUUAACAAUCUCUGAAUACUUGGCUGGGACUGUAUAAGAAUCUCUGACUCAACACUAUAGGGGACUGCAAAGACGUUUCCCUUAGAUGUCACUAUAUGGGUCCACUAAUGAGAGGAUUCUUUACAUUUAUGUGCUGGUGUGCAUUAGUGUAAUGUGCAGGCCACAUGAGGUUCCUGGUGUUAUGAACCAUUUAGGUGGGAGGAGGUGCAGUAAAUGUGAAGUACAAUUGUCUUGAUUGUAUAAAGGAGUCAAUGAUUGGAGAAUAUGUAAAAGUGGUCGUGGUGCCUUGGCUCCACAUAAUAUUUAGUGUGCUGUUGAGGGGAUUUCAAUGAAAAUGGACACAUACAGUAGCACAAUCAUGUUAAAAUGAUCAGCUGAAAUGUAAAUAUUUUGUUAAAGGGGAAAACGGGUAAUUGAUUGCCAACAACCAGGGCAGGCCCCAGGCAUAAGCGACAUAGGCGGUCGCCUAGGGGUCUCAACUUACUGUUACUUACAACUUACUAUUGAGAGUUAGAAUAGUAGAAUACACAAGGUGCAAUUUCGAAAUUUGGUUGUGCAUCAGCAGUUUUUCUCAUGUCAGUCACUAAAUUAGCCAUGUCCGCUAACACUUUUUUGAUUGGGUUGGGGGCUGGCUAGACUAAUUUACCAUUCUUGCCUAGGGCCCCCAAAUGGCGAGGGUUGCCCUGUUGCCAACUACAAAUACAGUUUGCCAUUCUGUUUUGUAAUGCAUCUACUGGUCUUACAUGGUGAGUGGGUGGGAAUUUUAUUUAAUUUUUUUAUUUCACCUUUAUUUAACCAGGUAAGCCAGUUGAGAACAGGUUCUCAUUUACAACUGC